AUGGCGCGAGACACUGCGUCACCUUUGGAGCCAGAGGCGGGAUCGCCCGACGACCUUAGCAUUUUAGGUGAUAGUAGGCUUUCUUCGGACCUCAGCCAGCGAUCGGGAUCGACUGCAGGGAGCGAGGAUACUCCGAAAUCGACUUGCUCGUUAAACGACAAGCUGAGGGCAACAGACCUUCAACAGGCCCUCGAAUCGUUGUCUUUACGUGUGCCGCUGGACGAUCUGAAUCGCGAUGGCGGCGUGAGUAGCUCAAAGUCGCGUUUCACACUACAAGCCAGUCAGGAUGGUGUGUGUCAGCAUGUGGAUGCAGCGAGAGAACCUCGACUCCGCUGGGACCACAAAUUGACAAACGUCAAGACUCACGCUACACUUCCUAGUGCGGCCGUACACCGAAGCGUUCGUGACCGUCCAACUCCUGGGAUGUGGACCCCCUCUUCCCUGGUGUCUACGCCUGGCUUGGAGAACGAGGACGGUGGACGUUCCGACACAAAUACUGUACACAGCAACGGGAGGCAUUUGUCCCACGUUGUCUCGCACAGUAUGGUGGUGCCGACUGAGCUAUCGGCGCACGAGGUGAUCUACUUGAAGUUGCUGUAUUACUACAAACGGCGAGCCCGGUCUACAAGGGAGAAUCUGUGGGGGCCUUCCGACUUUUGCUUGCAUUGCUGUCGACGAUACAAAGUGGCCGAUUCGAUCACCGAUGGUCUCAUGGAAGACUUGAAACGACACACAGGCUCCAGCCCAUCGCUUCCGUAA